CGAGAGAGGAAAAUAAAACAUAGCAAGAAAACAGCAACACCAAAAUAGAUCAUGGUUGACAACGCGAGUAUAGUGGCUAAAACAACGCUGCACCAAGGCUUAACAGCCUCUAAUGGACUUGGUCUGAUCCCUGCUGGAAGUGCACACUACCAGGCUCCCCACGGCAUGAAGCUGGAAGCGGUGAUGGAAAAUCUGCAGCGGCAGCAACAGGCCAGGCUGGAGCUGGAGGAGAGGCAGAGGAAAGAGAGGGAGAGGCAUGUGAGCCGAGCAGGAGCUGACAGUCAGCAACAGCAACAACAAGCCAUGAGCGCCGCCGUGCACCAGCACCUAGCAGCUGCCCAGCAAGCUGCUGCUCUAGCAGCGGUCCGAGCUGCCGCUCUCGCCGGCUUGGGGGACGCCGGCCCCGGAUCGAGCGGGGCCCAUCGACCGCUGCUGGCAACGCAGCGCCGACGCGUCCCGUCCGCCCUCUCCGAGUCCGAUGAAGACGAGCCUGAGCCCGGGGAGGAAGGGGAAGAGGAGGAGGAGGAAGAAGAAGAGCUGGGAGAGGAAGGAGAAGAAGAGGAGGAGGAGGAAGGAAUGGACGGGAGUCACAUUCAUCGCGCUUCCGGGGUGCCAACCCCCGGGCACACUCUGAAAGGGACCCCGGUCCAGCUCUCCAGAUUCGGGCAGCAUCACUACCACCUUCCCGGCCAGUCUCACUCUCCUGUCGGUAUCCCUCAGCCGGCACAGUCCCAGCAGCAGGAGUGGACCUACGAGGAACAGUUCAAGCAGCACAUGCAAGUCCUGUCUUCUCAACUCACUUGGCCAACAUUCCAGGGGAAGGCAAAGAAACCACUUCAAAGGCACAGUGAAACUUUCCUUGAAGCAUGGCAGCAUUGA